UUGGGUCUUGGCAGUUCGGGGAUUCCUCUUUCAUGUCCACCUCGACGACCUUCCCCGUCCUCUCUUCCUUCCCCCAGACCCUUCCUCAUCCUCUAUUCCUUCCCCCACACAAUCCCCCCUCACCAUAUCGCUUUCCCGAUAAACCCCACUGCUCCCAUUAUCAGCAAUCCUCAUCACAGACUUCCUUCCAUACAUCCCAAGUAUUUUCCAUUGCAACGAUUGAUUUCAAAACAUCAAUCGCUUACAUUGGCCCAGUUAAACACACCAACAGUCAACAAUGGAGAAGAAGCCUGUUGAAGAUGCUGGCGAGGCGGCCUCCAAGAAGCCAGGCCUGGAGAACAAGCCGGCUGUCGCGGACGGUGUCACCGAGGCCUUUGAGCCACAGGUGACUGUCUCGCCGGCUGUUUCGUCAAGCAACGGUGGAAACAAGAAUGUCCCGGCCCCCAAGAAUCUUCAGAACCACGGAAACCCCACCACCGCCACCACUUCGCAGGUUGAGAGCGAACUCGGUCGCAUGAAUCCGACCAUCCAAGAUACGCCCGCUAUGGCAGGUGAUGUCGCCGCCACGGCCUCGUCGGCUGUUCCCAUCGCUGUCUCCUCGGGCAUAUUAUCGGGAGGUGGAAUCACGACGAGUGCCGUGGCUCCCACGAUUGCUCCCGCGAUCCGGAAGCGUCCUCACCCCAUGGCGAGAGGCAUCGACCUUAGCCGCCCGCAGGUCUCGCGCGGCCCAGGGAGGAUGACGAUCGUCGUGCCGCGGAAGUACCGCACCGACAUCCCUCCCUGCGAAACUUGCGUACACAACAGGAACCGCGACCAGCACGCGGACGCUGAAGAUACCACAGAACCCGAGUCCUACUCGGAUGACUCGUCCGAUGAGGAGCUCGAGGAGUACCCGCCCUCCUCCUCCUCCUCCUCCUCCUCCGACGACGAUGAUUGGUAGCUUACGCCCUUGCUAAUAUGAAGUUGUUGCCGAAGCAAU